CUCGGCAAAAGCUACACUCUCCCCAGCCCACCAUGGCGGAUGAAAUUGAUUUCACGACUGGAGACGCCGGGGCGUCCAGCACUUACCCUAUGCAGUGCUCGGCCCUGCGCAAAAACGGCUUCGUGGUGCUCAAAGGACGACCAUGCAAAAUAGUGGAGAUGUCAACUUCCAAAACUGGAAAGCAUGGCCAUGCCAAGGUUCACCUUGUUGGAAUUGAUAUUUUCACCGGCAAAAAGUAUGAAGAUAUUUGCCCUUCUACUCACAACAUGGACGUUCCAAAUAUUAAAAGAAACGAUUAUCAACUGAUAUGCAUUCAGGAUGGUUACCUUUCCCUGCUGACAGAAACUGGUGAAGUACGUGAAGAUCUUAAGUUGCCAGAAGGUGAACUAGGCAAAGAAAUAGAAGGAAAAUACAAUGCAGGUGAAGAUGUACAGGUGUCUGUCAUGUGUGCAAUGAGUGAAGAGUAUGCUGUAGCCAUAAAGCCCGGCAAAUAAGUGGAAUCAUCAGCCUGAGCAGACAGGUCUGGAUCCACGGCAGAUCUAAAGUUUGCUUCUGAGUUGUCACCAAAGCUAUGGCCUUCAUCAGCAGCUCGUUUCCUUUUCAUUGUUUUGAAAUUGUGCUGGGUUAGUUUUGCAAGGGAAUUGGCAAUUUAACAAAAGAAUCAAGAUGUAUCAUUUUUUUGUUUUUGAUUUUAAUUUCGUUAGCAUUCCUGUGCUUUCCAGUGUGGGUCCAAGAAAGAAUAAGGUCGCUUUACCAGAUGUGCUUCCUCUGAGCGAGUCAUUCCUGAGUUUUGUUAAAUGAUAAAUAAACCGGGGUUUAAAUCCAACAAUGUAGCAUCUGUGGGUCGCGACCCCUUUGGGGGGGUCGAAAGACCCUUCCACAGGGGUCGCCUAAGACCAUCGGAAAACAUGAG